UAUUAUCUUUGAAUUUCGUGCAAUGGAUUAUGGUUUACCUGUGCCGCUUGGGAGAGUGCGUAAAGUGUAUACGUCGAAGAGUGAAAAGAAGUUACAGGAAAUAUUCACUUACUUUCAUGGAGAACUUGUUAUGUAGGAAAGUGGACGUGAUAUGACACGAAGUAUUUUGCUGUUCCCCUGUCGAAGACCGCGAAGGAAUUUCCAAUUUUCUAGUAAUGGAUGUAAGAGCAAAGUAGUGGAUUCCUGAUACAUCAUUUUCAUCAGGCGUUGUAUAACUUCGAUUUGGUGGUGUUCUUAAUAAACCGUGUUGAGUGUAUUGACAGUCAUCGGCAGAAGGAGCUGAGUGUCGCCUGCAUGUUGGAUUUUCAUGGCGCCCGUGUCUGGGAUGUCGUGGAUAUACAGAUUAAGCAGAAUGUGGGCAACAACUGAUCACUAAGGAAGAAAAGUACAUUUAUGGAGAAUUGAAAUGUGGAACUUUCCCAUGAUUUGUUACAGCAACAGAUUUGAGGACAAGCAGUUUCUAUAGAAGCUGUGUCUAUUGAAACUGAAUGUUACAAUGUGUAGCUGUCAAUGAUUGAGAUGUGGAAGGAAGUUUUGAAGGAACUGGUAGUGUAAAUUGUCUGAAUGAUUAACAUACAUAAAGGAGCUCAGUACUUCAUUCCUAUAUUUUCAUUUCUACGGUUUCUUAAAAGGGGAGCAAGCCCUGCAAGGGAGGGUAGCAGAAUGCUGGGCACCCCUCCAUCAUCUUGCCCCAUACGCCUGUGUGGAGUCACAGGAUAUGAUGGACGUGUAAACGAUAUCAUCUACUGUCACCCACUUGUCAAAGCAGAAAAUAAUACUGCAGUUGUCUACUUUGGUGGCGAUGUUCAGGAUUUUCCAGAAAUUAUGGAGAACCACAGGGAAAACAAAAAUUACGUAAAGUGGAAUCUUGAAAACACUGCAGUGCUGCUCCAAUCAUAUUUUCCUGAGAGCCAUGUUGUUGUUGUGCGGCCAUCUAGAUUGGCUACACCUAAACUUGCAACAUUCAUGGAUAUUGUCUCAGCAGACAUGGAUCAAAACAGAAUGGAGUUUAAGACAUUCAGCUGCUAUGACAAUUUUGUGCCUUGCAACAACAGUGGUGCUCCUGACCACACUCCAACGCAUCAUGCUCUCCAACAUCUUGAACGUUUAUUACAAGGUGUAUCACAGCGACUUCGAAAUGUUAAUCCCGCACAACUUGCAAGUGCUGGAAGCCCAGCAGCAAGUGUGGAAAAGGAGUCUAAAGAAAAUGAAGAGAACACACCUCCAUUGUGGUGGCAAGAAGGAAUCAAUUUGGAUAAAGCUAGUAUUAUUCUUAUAGGAUUCAGCAAAGGGUGUGUGGUUUUAAACCAAUUUAUUUAUGAAUUUCAUUAUUUAAAGACCCUAACACCUGAUGAUGACACAAUGAUGAGAAUUGUGACCAGAAUACAAGAUAUGUACUGGUUAGAUGGAGGCCAUGCUGGGGGUAAAAACACUUGGAUUACUUCAAGGAGCCUGUUGGAAACAUUGACCAGACUGGGUAUAGGCAUUCACAUCCAUGUAACUCCAUAUCAAGUGAAUGAUGACCGAAGACCCUGGAUAAGAAAGGAAGAAAAGACUUUUGGUGACUUACUAAGACGACUGGGAGCACCUGUUCAUAGAACUCUACACUUUGAAAAUCAAGUUGCAAGUUUGUGCACACAUUUUGAGGUCCUUUCUGUGUUUCGACAGACAGAUUAGUGUAGCAGUUUUACCUACAUUGCACGUCGUUAUGAAUGCAGACUGAUAUUGGUGUUAUACGUUUGAUACAAAUUGAUGAAAUGCCUUUCAGAUUCAGAAAGAGAUAAAGAACUUCAUUUGCCUUUAGUAAUGGCAUUGCACAUGAUGCCAGUUUUUUCAUUAAAUUAGAUGGCAAAGGAUAACAGUGUUCAAGAGAAGAGAAUAGUGUACAAACAGUGAAUUGCUGUGGAAGAACAUUAUUGUUCUUGUCGUUAUAGGACAACUUCAUGGUGCAAUUUAGUGUGUGAUAAGACGGUUUAAGUUAUAAAAAGUGCCAUGACUUUGGUAAAUGAUUUUGGUUUAUGAAACAUUGUGCUUUAUGGAUAUCUAUCAAAAUAAUACUUUCCAUUAUUAAUUUAAUAAAUGUAUCUGUCUGUACACUAUACAGAUGCCUCUCAGACUUUCAAUGUAAAAAAUUCACAUUUUCUCUCUCUCUCUCUCUCUCUCUCUCUCUCUCUCACACACACACACACACACACACA